ACUUUUGAAGAUUUACGAGUGUUUUCGUUUAUUUGUGACUGAAAACUAUUUUUGAAUUAUCACACUAGACUAUUACAAUAAUUAGGUAGUUUUACACAAUGGGAAGAACUAAGAAGUAUUUGGGCACAAGCACUUCAAGAAAUCCAAAAACAAACACACGUGCUAAGAGAGCGAAGGAAGCUUGGGUUGAACGAAGGAAAAAAGCAACAGAGUCUAUUGAGCCAAUUGCUGAGUGUUCCCAUAUAUUAUACACUGUUGAAGAUAGGGACGAACCUCAAACAGCUACGGAACGUGUGAUUUCAGAUGUGGUGAUGGAUACUAUGGAUACAACAGCCCGCAAUGACAGCCAGAGUGAUACAUCCGACCUCACAUUACUACCUUCGACUUCCACGGGUAAAGGAUACGAGGGUACCGAAUCAUCUAUUACGAGACCAGAAUUAUCACGUAAGGUAUAUCCAGGAGCAAAAAAGCCUACAGCAAGUGCUGCUGCAUCCCGAAGUGAAUUUGGCAUUAUGAGUUCUAUGGAAUAUGAAAGCAUUAUGUCUCAUCAAUUGACGGUGGAAUCUGAAAAUCCGCCACCUGAAGCAAUAACGGGAAACCGAAUUGUGGAAGUUGGGUAUUUUGCACAGCAAAUUAUUAAUGCACAAUACGAACAUAUGAAAAUCUGUACAUUUGGAAAAUUGCAUUUGUAUAAUGAAUACAAUAGGGGAAUGGGAUUGGUGUCCUGUAUAAUCUUAAAGUGUGCAUCAUGUGAUCGUGAAUUUAAAAUAUUCACUGAAAAUCCUAAUAAACAAAGUUCCUCAUUGAUUGAUCAAUCAACAAUGAAUAUAGGGUCUGUGUGGGGAACUAUAGCUUCUGGAGGAUCAUACUCACAUAUGUGCGAAUAUCUUAGCGCAUUAGAUAUUCCUGUAAUGCAUGGUUCUCUGUUUUAUCAACUUGAGGACCAGUUAGGAGAAAUCUGGAAAGAAUCAUUGUGGAAAUCCAUGAAGGCAGCUGGUCUGAAAGAAAAAGAAAAUGCAAUUGCCAAUGGAAAUUUAUGUAAUGACGGCAUUCCAUGGAUAACUGUUUAUUUGGAUGGCUCCUGGAGUAAGCGGUCAUAUGGUCAUAACUACAAUGCACUUUCUGGCAUGGUUGCAAUCAUUGGCAAGUAUACAAAAAAAAUCCUCUAUUUGGGUGUACGCAAUCGAUACUGCUCAGUUUGUGCACGAGGAGAAAACGAAAGUGCAGAUAUCAAGAUGCACCAUUGUUUUAAAAACUGGAACAAAUCUGCUCCAGCUAUGGAAGCUGAUAUGGUGGUGGAGGGAUUUUGCCAAAGUGAAAAUACGCAUGGCGUGCGCUACGGUAAAUUUAUUGCUGAUGGUGAUUCUAGCACAUUCGCUAAAAUUAAAACAAAUGUGCCAUAUGGUAGCACUGUUAAAAAAGUAGAGUGCACAAACCACGCCUUAAAAAAUUAUGGAAAGCAUCUCCAUAAAAUAAAAAGUGAUACCAAAAUUAAUUUAAGUGGAAGAAGAUUAUUGACAGUGGAGAAAAUUAAGCUUUUAACAAAGCGGGCUAAAGCAAGCAUUUAUGAGCAUGCAAACGCUGAGAUGUCUGUGUCUUUUUUGAGAAAAGACUUAGAAAUUGGAUUUCUGCAUGUCUUUGGCGAUCAUAGUAAUUGCAGGGUAAAUAUAUGUAACACUGUAGGCGACGUUUCGAACAAUGCAGUUCCACAGUUAAAAGCGACUUCAAUGUAUGAUCAUAUCAAUGGAGCUUUGGAACUGCUUAUAAGAAAAGCUAAUUUGCUCAUUGAAAAUGAAAAUAAUAAUGCAGCAGAAUGUUUAAUGAAUAUUGUCUCUCGUUUUAAUAUGGGGAAGAGAGUUAAUUUGGUGCAACGUGGAUCAUACGAAAGACGAGUUUAUCUGGCAGCUUUGCGGUACAACAAAGCGUUUGAAUGGCCUAUUAGCCCUUGGAAGAAUGUGACAGGUGCCACAAUUGGUGAAAAUUAUCAACAGUUCAUCAAAACUAAUAUGGCGAUAAAAGAUAGCAAAGUACGGAGGAGAUUGGUCCAGAAAAAAGUUAGUCUCAAAAGGAAGAACAUUGUGAAACCUGUCACAAAGAUAGAUACAACUGCUUAUGGUCCAUCAGCAGAACAACCAGAAGAAGAAGAGCAAAAUAUCGAAGAAGAAUGUCAACGAUUAAUUCAACACUUGCAUGUGGAGGAGAAUGAAAUCCCUGCUAUUGCUGAGGCAACAAUGGGACAAUUUUUUAAUGAUGUGUACAUAAAGUUCAAAGAACGGCGCCUUACUGCAUCAAACUUCGGCAGAGUAGUUAAACGAAGGCCGUACACUCCUUGCCACGGAAUUGUCAAACAAUGCCUGGGGAAAAAUAUUUUUAGCACGGAAGCUACAGAGUAUGGCAUUUCCAAAGAAUCGGUGGCAAUAAAGGCAUUUGAAAAGAAGCAGAGUGUGACUGUAACAAACACUGGAUUGUGGAUACAUAAAGAUUAUGGAUUUUUAGGAGCAUCACCAGAUGGUCUUGUUGGUACAGACGCCAUCGUGGAAGUGAAAUGUCUGUACUCUUGUUCAAAAUUGGAGGAAACUGAUUUGGAAAAAAUAUUACUUUUAAAAAAAAACACCUGUUUGCAACUAAAGGAUGGCAAAAUAUCUUUAAACAGAAGACAUUCUUAUUACUAUCAAGUACAAGGCACCUUGAACAUUACCAAGAGGAGCAAAUGUUAUUUUGUUGUUUAUAUUAACGAUGCAGUUCCACUCUACAUAGAGGAGAUUGAAAUAGACAUUCAUUUUUGGGAACAUGAAAUGGUGCCAAUAUUAUUAACUUUUUACAAAAUGUGUAUUGCCCCAGAAAUUAUAAGAAACAAUAUCGGGAAGGGAAAAAAGUGUGUUGAUCCACAAUACAUAAUAGAUGCGAUAAAAAACCGUGAAGCACAGUUGAUGGAAGCGUGUAAGAAGAAGCGGAAAACCAAAGCAGAAAACCUCGCAGAAAACAAAGAAAACUAAUUACACAUGGCUCAUAUCUAGCUUGCUGAACAUAGGCCCUUAAUUGGAUUCCCUAUGUCAGUUUCAGCUACAAUCCUCCACUGCCUGUACAGGGAAUCUCCAAGAUAUAAACUUUAUUCCGGAAUCACAGCUAGCUGGCUGAACGUGUAGGCCCUUGAUUGGAUUACCUACGUCAGUUUCCGCUAAACUCGUGAACUGCCUAUAUACAGAAAAUCUCUUAAAAGUAAGUUUUGUUCCGGAAUCAUAUCUAGCUUGCUGAACAUAGGCCCUUAAUUGGAUUCCCUAUGUCGGUUUCAGCUACAAUCCUCCACUGCCUGUACAGGAAAUCUCCAAGACAUAGACUUUAUUCCGGAAUCACAGCUAGCUGGCUGAACGUGUAGGCCCUUGAUUGGAUUACCUACGUCAGUUUCCGCUAAACUCGUGAACUGCCUAUAUACAGAAAAUCUCUUAAAAGUAAGUUUUGUUCCGGAAUCAUAUCUAGCUUGCUGAACAUAGGCCCUUAAUUGGAUUCCCUAUGUCGGUUUCAGCUACAAUCCUCCACUGCCUGUACAGGAAAUCUCCAAGACAUAGACUUUAUUCCGGAAUCAUACCUAGCUGGCUGAACGUGUAGGCCCUUAAUUGGAUUCCCUAUGUCAGUUUCAGCUACAAUCCUCCACUGCCUGUACAGGAAAUCUCCAAGACAUAAACUUUAUUCCGGAAUCACAGCUAGCUGGCUGAACGUGUAGGCCCUUGAUUGGAUUCCCUACGUCGGUUUCAGCUAAAAUCGUGAACUGCCUAUCUACAGAAAAUCCCAAAACUAAGUUUUGUUCCGAAAUCAUGUCUAGGAACUGCCUGUAUAGAAAAUAUCUUAGAAGAAAACUUUAUUGUGAAUUUAUGCCAAAGUAAAGCUAAGCGUGAGCCCUAAAUUUGAUUCCCUACAUGAGCUCAAUAUGCACAUAUGCCCAGUGGGACAAUAGGGCUGAAAUUGUUGUUUGUUACUCACGAGAGCACAGUGAUCAAAUAACAACAUUUGGCGAACACCCACUUAAAAAAAAAGAGCUGAGAGCAAUGUUGCAAUGCAGAGAUGCGUUCCGACGUACGAGUACAUGGCAAUCAUUAAAUGCGACAGUUAAAUACUUUCUGUAUUACUUAAAUCAGUUAAAUCUAUGUUCAACAUUUAUGUUUGAUGCCUACAUUAUAAUAUUAAUUGUUUUUAUCUUUUCAAUAAACAUA